CCUCGCAUUGAGAAGUUUCUGGUUGCAACAUCUCCCGGGCUGUCUGGAGCAGAACGUGUUCUCCUGGCAACUGCUUCCGGACGGAGCUGGAAUCAAUUGGAAGCUCCCAGGGCUUGAAGACGGCAGAUGCACACACACCCCACAGCCCGCGGCGCAGCCAGACACUUCGGGGACCAGAUUUUGUUUUUACGUCAUCUCUACACCCAACGUGGGGCUUGAACUCACAACCCUGAGAUCAAGAGCUGCAUGCUCUGCCAACUGAGCCAGCCAGGAGCUGCUCAUUUUACCUGUCCUUGAUCUUCAUAGACAAAGAAUUACCAAGCAGACCACAAAUGUGGCAGCUGUUAGCAGCAGCAUACUGGAUGCUUCUUCUUGGACCUAUAUAUGGUUAUCACAAGAAAGAGAGUAUCACAAAUCCUGAAGCUAAUAUGAAUAUUAGUCAGAUUAUUUCCUACUGGGGUUACCCUCAUGAAGAGUAUGACGUCGUGACCGAAGAUGGUUAUGUCCUCGGAAUUUACAGGAUUCCUCAUGGAAGACGAUGUCCAAGAAAAACUCCGAGGCCUGUUGUGUAUUUGCAGCACGGCUUGAUCGCGUCUGCCACUAACUGGAUCUGCAACCUCCCCAACAACAGCUUGGCUUUCCUUCUGGCAGAUUUCGGUUAUGACGUGUGGAUGGGGAACAGCCGGGGAAACACCUGGUCCAGAAGACACCUGAAGGUAUCCCCCAAGUCUCGAGAGUACUGGGCCUUCAGCUUGGACGAGAUGGCUAACUAUGAUCUCCCGGCCACAAUCAAUUUUAUCUUGGAGAAAACAGGACAAGAGCAACUCUAUUACGUGGGCCACUCCCAAGGCACCACCAUAGCCUUCAUAGCAUUCUCUACAAAUCCAGAGCUGGCUAAAAGGAUUAAGAUAUUUUUUGCAUUGGCUCCAGUCAUCACAGUGAAAUACACCCAGAGUCCUCUGAAAAAAUUUACAACUCUUUCCAGGGAAGUAGUCAAGGCAUUAUUUGGUGACAAGAUGUUCUACCCUCAUACGUUUUUUGACCAAUUCAUUGCCACAAAGGUGUGCAGCCGGAAGCUCUUUCGUCACAUUUGCAGCAACUUCCUAUUCGCGUUGAGUGGAUUUGAUCCGAAAAACUUAAACAUGAGUCGCUUGGAUGUUUACCUGGCGCAGAGCUCCGCAGGAACGUCCGUCCAGAACAUGCUGCACUGGGCGCAGGCUGCGAAUUCCGGUCUCUUCCAAGCUUUUGACUGGGGAAACCCCGCUCAGAACAUGAGGCACUUCCACCAGCGGACGCCUCCCUUGUACGACGUGACCAAGAUGGAAGUGCCGACCGCCGUGUGGAGUGGAGGACGUGACCGUGUGGCCGAUCCUAGGGACGUUGAGAAUCUCCUCCCUAACAUCACCAGGCUUAUUUAUUACAAGCUGAUCCCGCACUACAAUCACGUGGAUUUUUACCUCGGACAGGACGCACCCCGGGAGAUCUACCAAGACCUCAUAGAGCUGAUGGACGAACAUUUGCAAAAUUAAAUAGCAUUCUCCGUUCCCUAAGCAAGUGGAUUUUUGAAAUAACGGGGCGCACGGACGCUAAGGUGAGCCCUCUAGUGACUUCCACCUCCCGGCGUCCGUGUGCUGGUGCAGUCCUCUCCCCGUGGAGUCGGGGAGGGCCCUGAGCCUCAUCCUCGUCCCACAGAACGGGCCAAGGUAACGGUGUCACACCCCCUGGGGCAGAUCGCGUUCACGGCGCAGGUGACGGGACGUCGCUUCCUGGUUGCACCAUAUCAUACGAGAAGCCGCCUAAACAGACUGGAGAAGAGAGUCCCCUUGUGGGCCUGAUGAGCUAAACAGGCGUGGGGAGGCCGCCUUCAUGGCAAGGAACCCGUGUGCCUCGUAGGGUCUGUAGGCGGCCUCCGGCCCAGAACCAGCAAACACACACCCGCGACACGGAUCACAUCCAAAUCCUGAGCUGGGGAGCCCGCCACGCCCCGUAAAGCCUCCAGCUGAGAAUGCAGCCUGGCCAACCCUGGGAGUCCCCGCGCGGAGGAACUAGCUGUGCCCUGCGUGCCCGAUGACCCCAUGCAAGAGUGAGAAAAUAGAUGUUCAUCCUUCUGAACCCCCAAGUUUGUGAUUUCUUGGCAGCCACGGCAAACCAGCCUUAAUAGCGAAAAUAAACUGUUAUCAUUAUUGUGAUUCUGACCUCAUCUCCGUCGCUAACGAGGAGACCUCGUUCCUCAUUACCUUUAUGUCCUUAUUUCUCGUUUCUUUUUUUUUUUUUUAUUUAUUUCUCGUUUCGAUGAACUUCCUUAAACAUUUGCGGAUCUGCUGGUGAUCGAUUCACAGCGUCUGUCUGAAAAAGUCUUUGCUUUGCCUUCGCGUAAGGGCGAACCAUGUGCCGUUACAGGCAGGCGUGAAGCAGGUCUUCCUUAUCCACUCACCCACCAGUGGACGUUUAGGUGGUUUCCUGUCUUGGCCGUUGCGGGUCAUGUCGGGAGGCACGUGUAUGUCUUCAAGAUCCUGAUUUCGAUUCUUUUGAAUAUGUACCGGGCUGUGUGAUUGCUGGGCCACGUGGCAGCUCUGCUUUCGAUGUUUUGAGGAACUUCCAAGCCGUUUCCUACGGUGGCCACACCCUUUUGCGUUCCCACCAAUGGUGCACGGUGGUCCAACGUCUCCACGCCCUCGCCAACACUUCUGUUUUGUCUUAUUAGUAGAAUUAUGGGGCGUGAGGGGAUAUGUCAUCGAGGUUCUGAUUCGCGUUUCCGUGACGGUCAGUGACAAGUGGAGAAGGUGCACGGCCGUGGGACUUGUCCCCCAGGAGGCGGGGAUGCUGCGUGUACAUCCUCAGAACGGGUUUGAGAGGCCCCAGAAUCUCCAACUGGAUUGAUUGGUAAAGAAAGUAUUUGCCUUCAUUUCUAAACUUUCUUCUAGGGAUCCCUGGGUGGCGCAGCGGUUUGGCGCCUGCCUUUGGCCCAGGGCGCGAUCCUGGAGACCCGGGAUCGAAUCCCACAUCAGGCUCCCGGUGCAUGGAGCCUGCUUCU